ACACAGCAACAGGACUCUCCAUGUGGCAAGGGCACCUGGAGGUGGGAGGGCAGGAGCGUUGUCUUGCCCUGGCAGAAGAAGGGCCCUCAUUCCUCCUGAGUCCUGCUCCAGCCCCUUUGUCCCAGGGGCCCUGGUAUCACCACCAACCCCUUGAUGAUGGAGUGACAUUGUGGGGUAGGAGCCCAGGGAAGAUGGGGAGGAGUGGGCUAAGAAAGCUGGGGCAGCCAUGCUUGGUUGGCACAGCUUGAAGAUAGUGGCUACUUUCCUUGUGUGUGGCACAGCAGGGCUAAACAACUUGUCUGUGUCUAGGUCUUUUGCCAUGGCAGGUGUGAAAUACCCGGGACAGGACCCUGUGGAUUUAGACAUAUACCAAAGCUCCCACAUGGUCGACUAUCAGCCCUACGGGAAGCACAGAUACUCCAGGGUCACGCCGCAAGAGCAGGCAAAGCUCGAUGCUCAACUCCAGGACAAAGAGUUUUACAGGCCCAUCCCUAACCCCAACCCCAAGCUAACGGAUGGGUACCCUGCUUUCAAAAGACCCCACAUGACUGCCAAAGACCUGGGACUCCCCGGCUUCUUCCCAUCACAGGAACGUGAGGCCACAAGGGAGGAUGAGUGCAAGUUCACCAGCACCUGCCAUUUCACAUAUCCAGCUUCCCACUAUCUGCACCUGGUCCAGGGUGACCCCAACCAGGUCCUCCAGAGUGCUGACUUCCCGUGCCUCCUGGAUCCCAAACACCAGCCUGCUGCAGAGGUGGCCAAAGGCUACCUGCUACUGCCAGGGUGUCCCUGUCUUCAUCACCAUAUAGUUAAGGUCCCCAUCUUGAACCGGUGGGGACCCUUGAUGCCAUUUUACCAGUAGGAAGGAUGAAAAUACCUUCCAAAGGCUCUUCCAAGGGCAUGUGGAAAUCCUAUGACCUUGGAGUGCAGAGAGGAGAACUGAAAAUAAAACUGGAAAGAUGUUCCAACUGCA